UUUUCGUUUCUCAUUCUCAUUCGCAUUUCCAACUUUCAACUAUAAAACUCACAAUAAAUUAGCAUAAAUCAUAAGAAAAAUGUCGAAACGAUCGGCACCGAAUGCAACUACACCACAAAAAACGAAGAAAAAAAAAACUUGUGAUGUGCAAAAGCCAAUGACAAACUUGAUAGUCAAACAAAGAAAACCGCCAAGUCUGGCAUUGAUCAUGAAACAAGCUGCAAAUGCUGCCGAGGAACAGGAGAAUCGUCGCAUCGAAAGAGAGCUCAAUUGCAGGCCCGAGCUCGCAAUGCUUUUUAACUGGAAUCCAGAUGAUGUUAAACCAACAACAACUAUGGAAAUUGUUGCACAAUUGCCCAAAGAAGCUGACAACAAGCCGCGUUUAAACUUGUUGUGUAAAAGUUCUGCUAAGAAUGCCUCAAUUCUGGAGGUCUCAAAGGAGGAGCCGAAAAAGCCGCGAUGGCGUUGCUAGUGGUUUUUCUAUUUCCAUCUCAUUUUUUGUAACAUAUUUUAUUGCAAAAUUCUGAUUUUAUUGUAUUCGAACUUUUAUCGAAGCGGUUUCGAGGCAACAAAAGAAAAAAACACACCUUUGUCAUGGUAUUUUAAAUUAAUAAAUUCUGAUUUC